AUGCAAAGCUACCCACGCUCCAUCAGCAGCAUAGAACUGACGCUGCCCCCGGAAAAUGCCUACCUGUACAUGACAAGGCCGCUACCACCACCGCCAAUUCCGUCGAGGAGUUCAUCGCGGUCCAAACCUGUGCAGACUCGGAGAUUCAGCGCCUUUCCUAAGACGACGGGACCUGGAAACAACCCCAAAGAGCUACCUCAGCAUCCUCCUGUCGUGGUUCCUUUGGCUCUCUCACGACGACGAGCAUCGCGUAUGAGUAUUUCAGGCGCCAGCACUAUACGUGAACGCCGAUCCUCUCAAAAGAUUCAACAAUUGACUGGCCAUGACGUUGGAGGAGGUAUCGACUGGACAUCGCCUCCCUCAAGAACCAGUUUCUCUCCCGCUAUUUCGCCAAAGUCGAUCCCAGACGAUUCAUCCAGUGGAUAUAGCCUGUCAUUAGACGAACCCAUAUUCGACGUGGAGCCUGCAGAGCACGAAGACUAUCAACCAAGAUCCUCCGACAGCAGCAUGCCCCCAUUGGAACCGGACUGCGAUAGCAUGAUGAGCGUCCAAAGUUUUACAGCACCGGCAUCGCCCAAGACAAUGCUACAUCGCUCUGCCUCAUUACAUCUGCCCAAGACGAGACGAUUCAGCACUGCAACGACGCCAUUGGAGACUGUCCCCGACCUUGACGACCAUGUCGACCAUGAUGUUCACCAUGUUCAUGAGCAAGAGCAUGAUGAACUUGUCCACGACGACCCUAACGACUCCUUCGACGAAGACGCGCCUUGGCAAGCAAGCCAAUCUUACAACUAUUUUAGUGAUGCUGAGACUGCAGACGAGUACCAUCGAAUCGCUACCAGGCUGGCCAACAACGACAAGCGACAGUCCAUCUAUGGAGGUGCCUCCAUGAUGUCGCAGUCUCAGUCAUCGCUCAGCAGACGCCUCAGCGUUUCUGCCAAGUCGCUAUUCACCCGCAAGAAGGACUCGUCCCUAUCCGUCAGCUCCAGUAGGACAUCACUCACUGCCAUCAACUACCCUACAAAAGGACCUUACUCCCCUUCGAUUCCUCCGUCGUUGGAUACCGCGAGCAUAAUCUCACCGCCUCGAAGUAUUUUCGAAACUGACGAUGAGGAGGACAUUGACGGAGACGACGGCAGUGUCAGGGAGACCAUCAAGGACUUUUUUGCACGCAGAAGUGAGGAGCGUACCUCGACAGAGAUGGUGAUACCUCGCUCCCUCCCACGACAGCUUGAGCGUCCAGAGCAAAGCGGGCUCUUUGUGAAGACGGGAUCGCAGGUCAGGGAUCUGUUUGCUAGCGCGCGGGACGGGGCCAAGAUGAUACAGGCAGCACGGGGUGAGAGGAGAAGAACUCAGCUGAGAAGUCAGAUCAGGAUGAUCCCAGAGGAGGAGAUUGGACGGUGA